CUCCUGCCCGUCCAUCAACCCGCCCUGUCUCGGCCUGCUUCGCCUUCCGAGCCCGGUCCUGCCGACACCCGCAGAAAAGAAGCUGCCCUGCCCCUCGCAUCGGCCCCCGUUGCUGCCUCCCGGCCCAAUGAAUCUUCUCUCCCUCUCCAAUUGCAUCCUCAUCGGCAUCCUUGUCGAUGUCGAUAAGCCCGCUGAGGUCGUCCGGACCUGCAAGCGGCUGUGGCUGCUUGGACGGAGCCCUUCGUUCAAAUAUCGAUGGCUCGUCUCUCGGCCAAGGGUCCUCAACGACCUCUAUGGCAACAUCCUGAAAUGGAGCCUUGAGCAGAGCACCUAUCUCCAAACUCCUCUCGAGAAGGAGCGACCCUCCGUCCCCAUCAAGUCCUUCCCAGCCUCGCUGCUCACGCCUGACAUCUGGCCCUUCCUCAUCGCGGCAUGCAAGGAGACGAGCCUCUACUUUUCUCCCCGCUACCUCAGCGACCACACCGUCUCUUUGAACCACAUCAUCUCGCUGGACCAUUUUUACCACAACGCUAAGGACGAGACGCCCUCCAUCCUGUUCCUCAUCCGCCCUAUGACUCUGUUCUUCUUGAUCGUCAACAAUAUGGAAGAAGACGCUCGGCGCCUUCUCUCGGCCAUUGGGUAUACCGAGGACUCGGUCCUGGCGCCCAUUUGGAUGAGCAUCAUCAGUGAGACCAUCAUUCGAUACCGUGAUGGCCAAGACGGACAAGCCCAACUGCUCAGUCUUGUUAUCGACCAGCUCCGUCAAAGCGCCGCGAGCCCACCUCCGUUUCCCACCGUCGAAUACCUGGAGAGCUCUAUAACCCAAUCACUCUGCAUCAACGGUUCCGUGGAGCUUCUCGACCGUCUGCGCACCACCUUCCACUGCAUCGAGCGCCUUAUACAGGAGUGGGGAUUGCAAAUGUUGAUUGCUGCUCAGCUCCAUCACUGGGAGUUUGUCCAGUCCGUUCUUGUCCGCUACCAGCAGCUUGGCCCCGACCAGGCACCGCCAAGCACGUUCAAUUUUGGCCACAUCAUCUCUGAAGCCGCAAAGGACGGCAACUAUGAUCUGGUGGAUCAGCUUAUGCUGACCGCCCGCGAACGCUUCCCCUUUGCCGAAUUUGAAGGAAUCUGGAACGAGACUCUCGAUGAUGCCAUCGAGUACGAAGUCCACCCCCUGGCCGUGUGCCUGAUCCAGACGGCACCCGCCUGCUGGGACUUUGAAAACCCCCGCGCUAUGGGCCACAUCGGAGCCGCGGCCCAAGAGGGCACUUGGACCCGCCGCGAGGUUCUAGAUUUGCUUCUCACCAGCAUUUCGGGGCUCGACGGAUACUCCAGCGACGUCACCAAGACAGUCAUGAACUCGAUUCACGAGGCCUCCUCGACCCACUACCAAGCCGUCGUUUCGCAACUCGUUGCCAUGUGCACCACCGGUGACUAUGUCUUUGAAAAGGCGUGCGAGCGCGGCCAAGUCGUGGAUAUGAGCUUCGCGCUGGCCUGCCUGCAGUCGAAGAGCUUGUCCGGAGACUUGCUCGAUGCUCUCCAGACAAAGAAUCUGUUCCAUCAUCUCAAGCAUGCUCUCGCCAACUCUCAGCGACUCAAGACCGACAUCGAAGCCGUCAAUUUUAUACUGAACCUCUAUCAGGCCUCGGAUCUCAUGCCCUCGCCUUCGGCCAGUAGUCGCAAGGCGUGUCAGCAGCUGCUCGAGCGAGUUCUCUUUGCCGCCAAGCAACCCGAACUUGACCGGGGUGGUCUGGCUGAGAUCAUAUUGGUGCUUUAUGACAGCCUCUCGGAUCAAUCGCCAUCCACCAAGCCCUCGAAAAGCAGCGAUCGCCUGUUGCCCUUCCUGAACCGCUAUCUGGUCAAGAUCCAUGCAAGACAUCGAGAAGCCAUCUCCGAAGGAACCGCCUUCCACCGAGAGUCGGCCGAGUCGGUCCUCAAGGCGUAUCUGGCCCGGAUUCUCGUCGCAGAUGAACUGGCCCAAGCCAAAAUCCUCCUAUCCCUGAUUAUAGAUGGCCAGUACGAGAGCAUUGUGCUGCUGAAGGACUUGGGCGUCCCGCUGUCCGAACGUCUCAUCGGGUUUGAGCACCGACAGAACUCCGAGCCCUCCCGCGACAACGAGAACAGCGAUGAUGAGGAUGAUGGGGAUGAUGAGGAUGAGGACGACGACGACAGCGAGGCUUCAGAUGUCGAGACUUCCUUAGGAGAUCUGCAUCGGCGAUUCGAAGCCUACACUUCGGCUGGAUAUUGCGUCGAUGUCGCGCAGAAGUGCAUUGAGUUGCUGCGCCGCCAGCCUCAGGACGAAGCCAAGCAGGACCCGGCCGCCUGCUUUGAGGAUCUGGCCAAGAUCGGAUACAUUUUCCAAUCAGCCCAGCUCGCUGCAGACGCCUCUGCAAUCCGUUUGAUCGCUCGGCACUUUAUCGAUCGCAAAGCCUUGAUCCCGGACACCGUUUCGACCAACCUUCUGUGCUUGCUUGCCCUGGCCGGAUAUGCUGACGAGGUCAACGAGUUGCUUGACUUGGGGCUUGCCACGAUGGGAACUAUUGCGCCGCUGACACUUCUUGAGUAUCGAGCACUCCUGAGCCUCGAAUCGAUCAUCAAGAGCUUCGAAACCCCUGACCCCUCGAUCGAAAGCCUCGCGCCGCUCCUCCGGGGAAUCUUUGCCCCGGGCCAGAAUCUGCUCUCUCGCGAGAUCCUCGUGGACACAGCGCGCUACAUUGCCAAGCGGGAGCUUUCUCCUGUGGAUAGCUCACCGAGCACCAUCAUUUGCAAGGCCUUUGAGAUUCUGCAGUUGAUCCGAGCCGUCAAUGUCCCGCUCUCGGAGUGCUCUGCAGCCUCCGACCUCUUGGUGAUUGCUCUGUGGGAGAAGCAGCCUCAGGUGGCCAUCAAGAUCAUCACUACCGGAUCCAGCAUUUCCCGUGUCACCCCGGCUCGAUUCAGCAGCUUGUUGGAGCUGAUCCGCAACCCCCUGGCCGGCGACACGCUGGGCAAAGACAAAGAGCUGACCGAUUAUCUCGAAGCAAGCUUCCAGGCCAUCAAGGGCACCUCAUCGCCCGUCGCCCCAGACACCGAUGCGACCCUGGCGCUUACAUCGCUUCUCUGGCGCACCCAGUACACUGCUUUUGAAGCCUCCUUUGCCCGGUCGCACCACUCCUUUAGUCUGCGACAUGGAUGGGUCGAGCACUGGCCCACCGUUACAUGCGAUGGAUGUGCACAAUUCCCGCUGAUCGGCCGGCGCUGGAAAUGCAACGACUGCGACGACUACGACUUGUGCGAUGACUGCUACGCGAGGCGCGACGAGCAUCACGCCGACUUGGCCUCGCAUACAUUCCGUCACGUGGAGUCCAAUGGUUCAUUCCUCCUCAAUGAGAUCACCAACUUGCUGAACGCCGGAUUGCCUCUGUCUCCGACCACGGUCAUGGAUCUGCUGCUGCUCUCGGCUUACCACGGAGACGCAAAUACCAUGGAUCGUAUCCUGGCUUACCCCAGCUGCAUCGGAGCCGUGUCCCCUGCCUCCCUCACUAGCAACCAGGCUGAACCUUUGCUCCUGAAGCUCGUCAACUACCGAUACGUCGUCAACGACAUUGCCAAGUCCAGACAGCUCCUUACCCUAUUCGAUGCCAUCCUUGGCGCACUCCAAGCCAGAUGGACCACCAGUGACCACAGCCAGGUCGCAUCCCGUCUAUUUGAAGCCGCAAUUCGAUUCGAGGACACCCAAGCUGUGAUGUGCCUGCUCAAGUACCUGAAGCCGGAUGCUGCUGCGCUUCGGCUCGCUGUGUCGGGCUGGCUGUGGCAGAUUGCCUGCCUCUUGACCAGCGCCAUGGAUUCCUCCGUGGAUGUCGACCUGAUCAUUGACGAGGUCGUCAAGCAUCUGCGAUACGGAUCGUCAACGCCAUCCCGACAAAGCGUGGAGUGGCGAGCAGCCGAGCCCUACAUCAAGAUGCGAAACCGAUCCCUCAGCGAGAGCGAACGGGGUCAAGUGUUGAACUGUCUCCUGCGCAUUCACAGUACCUUCAAUCUCUCUGCGGAUGUUGCAGUGGCCGAGACGACGUCGCCGGAGCCUAGGCCUUCCAGUACGAAUGAGUUCUGCCGCAAGCUCAUCUUUGAGCUGCAGGCCCAUAUUGGCUCUCGGCUGACACUGCUUGUUACCCGCCUGAGACGAGCGGCCGUCGUAUUCACACCAGUCAGCGUCCUCCUCAUCGAGUCUCUGAACUACCUCCUGCCGCGCGGAGCCGUGCACACGCCGGGCGAACCAAAGUUCAUCACGCAAGAGGAAUUCAGAGAUUUGCUCGUUGCUCUCUGCGACAGCGCCUCUCUUUCGGAGGAUUACUUUUACAGAUCCUUUGAAGAGGUGCUCCAAGCAUGUCCUCCCGAGAUGGCUCUGGAGCUUGAGCUGCCACGGCUGCUGAUCGAGACCAUGGGCUCGGUCACAGAAUGGGUCUGGCCAAGAGAAGGGACAGUCCAUCGCGAGUUCAAGCACCUCUUUUACUAUCUGGCUACUGCGCCGGCUCGUAACAUGGAUCUCGAAAAGCUGAAGCCGAUGAUCAUGAACCCUGCGUUCCAGUCCCUGCGACUGCUGGACGGCCCGGAAGAUACCAACGACGAAGCUGCGGAAAGCGGUGAAGGCCAACAAGAUGAAGAGAUGAACUCCUUUGAUGACGAUAUGCCAUUCCAGUGCCUCGGCGACCUGCAGACCUUCUUUGUCGACGCCGAUGAUGCGGUCCGCGGCACUCGCGAGCUCCAGACCUUUGAACAGCUCGCUCAAGUCCAUCAUGCUCCCUGGGCCAUGGUCCAAGGCGAGACGACGAUCCUGGACCACAUCAUGGCAUGGCUUGGUCGGGAUGAGGCCUAAAGCGCAUCCAAAGAGACACACGACAUCCUAUUUCGAGCCGGGGUCGCCACUUUUGUUUUCUUGUCGUGAAUACACAUCCAUCGAAUGUCCACCAAAUGUGCUUGCGGUGUGUGCGGUGUCUGGAGACGUGCGACUCGCUCAAUCCGACUGUCUUGGUACCGUCCACACUCUGCCAAGAGGGUGCGCACCAUGGCAAGAGCCGAAUGCAUGCGCAUCUCGGCUUGUUUCCAAGGGCUGCCGGCUCGCCACAUGUGGCAGUGCAUCUCGCCAG